CACAAAGUUCCGAUGUUAACUAGUGUCUUUGUUGGACAUGGCGUAGGUUUUUGACCUGCUCAAUCGUAAAGCUAAGUUGAGGGUGCUCGAGGAUGGAAAACAGCAAGUGCAGGUAGUGGGGCUUCAGGAGAAGGAGGUGAAGUGCACAGAGGACGUCCUGAAACUCAUAGAAGUGGGCAACAGCUGCAGAACAUCAGGGCAGACGUCAGCUAAUGCUCACUCAUCCCGCAGCCACGCCGUAUUCCAGAUUAUUCUUCGGCGAAAGGGGAAGAUGCACGGAAAGUUCUCCCUAAUCGACCUCGCAGGAAAUGAGAGAGGGGCUGAUACGUCGAGUGCAGACCGUCAGACACGUCUGGAGGGAGCUGAGAUUAACAAAAGCCUUCUGGCACUUAAGGAGUGCAUCAGGGCACUUGGACGUAACAAACCACACACUCCAUUUAGAGCCAGUAAACUAACACAGGUCUUGAGAGACUCCUUUAUUGGGGAGACUUCACGCACUUGUAUGAUAGCAACAAUAUCUCCUGGUAUGACAUCCUGUGAGAACACACUCAACACACUACGCUACGCCAACAGGUGGGAAUGUAUUGAAAACCUGCAGGGAUUUUAACAGCGCCUUUGCCUCUGAAACUGAAACCAGUUAGUCCAGAGAAUCCCCAGAAUGGAAUAAGUUAAUUGUUAAUGUGUAUUUUCUUUCCUGUCUCCUCUCAGUAGUUCU